AUGAAAAAAAUCCUAUUUAUGAUUGGUAGAAGCAAUUGUAGAAAAGAAAUCCUUAGAUUAUUAGGUGAUCAUUACUUUAUUGCGAAUAUUAUUGGUCUCAGUAUAACACUAGAUGGUACGAUUUUUCAAGGAAAAUUUGAGGUCAAGGGAUAUACAUCUGAUCAUUUUACCAACUAUGUUACUCAAAUCAAUACUUUCAAUGCCAAGAUACUUGACAACUCUAGACCGAAGUUGAUAACAUCAUUGGAUCCUUUCUAUCCAAAUUCAGGACAUCAGAUUCAAUGUGGAGUAAUCGAUAUGAACCAACAAAUCAUUAAUGGUACUAUUCUCUCAGUAACUGCUUACAAUGGAUCAUAUCAAUGCGAAGUAGAUUUAAGUGAAAUGAAAUAUCAAUCAACCAUUCUAUACCCACAAUUCCAAUGGAUCUUAUAUUUCACACAUACUAGAACUGGAUUCACCUCAAUCAUUUCCAAUCACCAUAUCAAAGAGCUUUCUUUUAAUCCUCUAUUUGAUUUAAAUCCAUUCUCGUCCCAUUUAAAGAUCAUAUGGGACAAUACCGUAACAGUUGCCCCAGAUGUUCAAAAUCCAGAGACCAAACGCCGUGCUGGCCGACCAACAAAAACACCAUCUAUAUCUACUGUACCGAUCAAAGCUACCGAUGAUAACAAGAUUGAACUAACAUUAACCGAUAAACAAUUGAACAUAUUUAUCAAUGAUAUCAAGUCUAAAGUAACAGUCAAUGAAACAUUACCAAAUACAACACCUACUACAACAACAUCACCCGCUAAAGUCACACCUCAAAUAGAUUUAUCACCAGUGUCAUUUAAUCCAUUUUAUAGAUAUAGUAAAGAUCCACAACCAAUAGAGCUUAAUGUAGAUAUACUCAAGAAGCAAUUAAUGGAUUUCCACAAUUAUCAGUAUGUAACUGAAGAAGAAGAGAGACUAGGCAAAUAUUCUAAUCCUGCAAUUUUCUGGUCGCAAAAUAAUCACCUAUUUCCAUAUGUUGCUCAACUUGCUCGCAAAUAUAUGUGUGUUCCUGCUUCUUCUGUGCCUUCUGAAUCUGUAUUCUCUAAAGCUAAUUAUAUAUUUUCCGAAAGAAGACAAUCAAUGCUAAGUAGUACAUUAAGAGAUUGUGUCUUAUUGUAUUGCAACAAAUCUUUAUUUACAAAUGCCAACAACAAUAAUAACAACAAAUAA